GUGAGACAGACGAUGUCAGAUUAUUCACAUUCUAAGUCAACCCAAACCAGAGUUCAGACUAAUUUAUCAAUCCAGUUUUAUCUCUAACCCCUUCAUUCUAAACCCCGAUCCUGAACCAUCAUUUUCAAUUUUGCCUCUGCCCUACACCUCGCACAAGGCACGGUGGCCUGGAAUAGCCUCGUGUUGACCCUCUGGACUCUAAAGCCGCUUGAGGGCGGCGCCGUGUCUGGUCGUGUGUCUAGCGAUACACCGAGUCCUUUCCACAGAGGGAAAGCAGGUGCAAACGCGGAGGCGCAAAGGAGCCCGGCGACAGAGCACCUCGAGGGGCAGUCAACCCCGGAGGAGGAGCCCCUCGUGGUCCCGCCGCGCCGGCUCGGGAACCGCCAGCGGGAACGAGCGACCAUCGAGACGCGCCUCCGAGCUUCCUAGAGAGGAAACGGAAGCGGUCCUUUCCUCACGCACCUGUCUGACAGCGUCCGAAGGUCACUUCCGGUCCGCGGAGGGCACGGGUGGAGCACACCAUCACAUGUAAGCCACCAGCAAGUUUGUUGGCUUUACCUUCAAAGUAUGUCUUGAUUUUAUCUGCUGCUUUGCCACCACCCAGUCUAAGCCCGUAUCAUCUCCUGCUUGAACUGCCGGUUCUCAGAAGACUGUCAUUCUCAGUCUUCUGGGAGGGAGCGCAAAGAUGCUUAAAGAGCGUCCAGGGAUGGUGGAAGAGCCUCAGCAGCAAAUAGGUGUUCCUGUGGUGAAACUGGAGAAAGAGUUGCCAUGGGGCAGGACAAGGGAAGACUCCAGUCCUGAGACUUUUCGUCUGAGAUUUCGGCAGUUCCGCUACCAGGAGGCAGCUGGACCCCAGGAAGCCCUUAGGGAGCUCCAGGACCUCUGUCGUCAGUGGCUGAGGCCUGAGCUGCACACCAAGGAACAGAUCCUGGAGCUGCUGGUGCUGGAGCAGUUCCUGACCAUCCUGCCCCGGGAGUUCUAUGCAUGGAUUCGGGAGCACAGCCUGGAGAGUGGGAAGGCCCUGGUGGCCAUGGUGGAGGACUUGACAGAAAGAGCGCUGGAGGCCAAGGCGGUUCCAUGCCACGUGCAGGGAGAACAGGAGGAGACAGCACUUUGCAGAGGUGCUUGGGAGCCAGGUGUCCACCUGGGGCCGGUAGAGGUCAAGCCUGAGUGGGGGAUACCCCAUGGGGAAGGAGUUCAAGGCCUAGACCAAGGCACUGAGGAGCGGCUCAAUCAGGACCCUGGAGACAGGACGCAGGACUUCCAGGAGCAGGCUCUGCCUAUUCUUCAGGCAGGUCCUGGCCUCCCCCCAGUGAAUACCAGAGACCAAGAGGUGGCAGCUGGGUUCUUUACAGCUGGAUCCCAGGGGUUGGGACCAUUUAAAGAUAUGGCCUUGGUCUUCCCUGAGGAGGAGUGGAGGCACGUGACCCCAGCCCAGAUAGACUGCUUUGGGGAAUACGUGGAACCACAGGACUGUGGUGUCUCUGCAGGCGUUGGGAGCAAGGAAAAGGAGGCCAAGCCCCAGCAGGAAGAGCUGAAAGUGGCUCUGGCUGCACUGCCGGCUGAGAGGUUUGGGGAAGCCGAUCUCCAGGGCCCUGGGCUGGGACGGGCCUGUGAGCAGGAGCCGGGUGGCUCUGGGGGCAGCGUGCCCGGGCUUCCUCCUCCCCAGCAUGGCGCUCUCCCCCUGCCUGAUGACCUCAAAACCCACAGCUCCUUCUGGAAGCCUUUCCAGUGCCCUGAGUGUGGAAAAGGCUUCAGUCGGAGUUCCAAUCUGGUGAGGCACCAGCGAACCCAUGAAGAGGAGAAAUCCUAUGGUUGCAUGGAGUGUGGGAAAGGCUUUACCCUGAGAGAGUACCUGAUGAAGCACCAGAGAACCCACCUGGGGAAGAGACCCUACGUGUGCAGUGAGUGCUGGAAAACCUUCAGCCAGAGACACCACCUGGAGGUGCACCAGCGCAGCCAUACCGGGGAGAAGCCCUACAAGUGUGGGGAUUGCUGGAAGAGCUUCAGCCGGAGGCAGCACCUGCAGGUGCACCGGAGGACGCACACCGGGGAGAAGCCCUACACCUGCGAGUGUGGCAAGAGCUUCAGCAGGAAUGCCAACCUGGCUGUGCACCGGCGUGCCCACACCGGGGAGAAGCCAUAUGGUUGCCAGGUGUGUGGGAAGCGCUUCAGCAAAGGGGAGCGGCUGGUCCGACACCAGAGGAUCCACACAGGAGAGAAACCCUACCACUGCCCUGCCUGCGGGCGAAGCUUCAACCAGAGGUCCAUCCUCAACCGGCACCAGAAGACCCAGCACCGCCAGGAGCCCCCAGUGCAGUGAAGGCACCAUGUGGCAGGCAGUCUUGUUGGAGGGGUGUCAUUCUUCUUACUGAAGGGUCUUGGGGCUGUGGGGUGAUGGCCUGCAGGAAGGCCCUUUGAUACAUUGCCCUUCCACCUGUUCUCAAACGUAGGAAAAAGAUAAGGCCUAGUUUACUUAGAGCUUCCAGAGAGCGUAGCUGUGUCCAUCUCUUACCCAAGUGGUGCUAACAGUUUUUCUUACCAUCUUUUAGGGAAACGAUCUCCUGAGCUUUAGUUCAGGCUGAGGUUUCUCUCCUUCAGUGGGGUGUUCAUAUUUACCUGCCGAGCAAAGCUAGCAGUAAAGGCAAAACUUUGUCACAUGUUGGCAGCUGGUGCCUCAUUUUUCUGAGGGUUCUUUCCUGCCUGCACGAUCAUUAGCUCAGCCUCUCUCUCUCCCCCACCCAUUCUCUCUUUUCCAUUUGACAAAUAUUUAUUGAACACCUACUAUGCUGCUGGCCCUGGGAAUACCGUGGAGUAGGAGACCGACAACACCUAGUUCUUACAGAGCUUGUGCUGUGAGGUGGGGAUGCACACCAACUGUCAAUAGCCCAAAGUAUUCUCAAGUGCGCCUGUGCUAAGUGCCAAGAGAGUGUCUUGUCUGCUCUCUCUGCCCUGCCUGCUCCUGCACUGGACCUUCCCACCCCAGUGGGAUCUUCUCUCAGGCAGCCUCGUUUGUUUUACCUUAUUUGUAAACUCUUUUGUGUCUGGCUGUAAUGUUCUACCCUCAUCUUUAAAAUUUCCCCAUUUGUUACUCCUUGCAGUGUAACAACUGUCAACACAUAAACUAUUAGGAAAUUAAUAUUUUGGUAUUGAUCAUUGAAUAAAUAUGAGAGUAUUUUAAAAAGCAUUCAGUUCUGUAAAAAGAUCUAAUUAAAUAAGUUUGAAAGAUGAACUAGUAUUAAUGCCCUGUAUUCAAUGGCACUUUACAGUAUACAAAAUGCUUUGCUCUAUUUCUCAUUUGAUUCAUUCCACGAGUAUUUAUUGAGGCCCUGUAACACGCCAGGAACUCUUAUGGGUGUUUGAGAUAUAUUUGUGAAUAAAAUGGGGGGACAAAUCCCUGACCUCGUAGAGCUUA